AUGGCUUUUCUGGUUGCGGUUGGCGCUAGAAGGGCAGCAUCGCGCCUCGCAAGCCUUCCUCGGGCACCGCUGCGGCUUGCUGGUGCUGGGCUGCCUUACGUCAGACAUUUCUCUCGGGAUAGUUGGGAGACUACCGAUGAUGUUGACUUGGACAGCGUAGCCUAUGGCUUCAUGGCGUCACAGGCGCUUUUCUCUGGCCUUGAGAUCGGAGUCUUUGACAAGGUAGCAGCUGCUGGAGAAGGUGGAUGCAACAUCGAAGCGCUGGAGAAGGCUUGUGGAGUGGACGGUCCGAGAUUGAAAACCUUGCUGACGGCAUUGACUGCAGUGAAAUGCCUUCGUCGCAGCGAAGAUGGCUUGUACAAGUUGUCGCCGAACACAGCAAAGUUCAUGGUCUCGGGAUCCAAGCAGUACUAUGGUGACUACUUGCAGUACCAGAUUGGGCGGCAGUUCUACCAUCGCAUGGGUGCUCUUCCAGAAGUGAUGAAGAGUGGGAAGGCUCCAAGUUAUGCGUCGUGGUUUUCUGACCCGGAGGUGGCCAAGACCUACACGCAGGCUCAGCACAACGGAUCCGUAGCAACCGCCAAGUACUUGGUGAAGAAGAAGCUGCAGUUGGGGGGAAUUAGCGACAUGCUGGAUGUGGGAGGCGGAUCUGGUGCAUUCUCAUACGUCUUCACCGAGGCAACGCCAGGGCUCAAGUCAACAGUCUUGGAACUGCCUGAGGUUUGCCGAACAGGAGAGAGCAUCAAGACCCAGCAGUCCCAGGAUAUUCAGGACCGCGUCAACUUUGUCGAACUUGACGCUACAAGUCCAGACUGGCCGGUCAGCGACAGCAGUUUUGACAUCGUGCUGAUGUCCUACAUCAGCGGCUCUGUGCCGGAGAGUGUCAUUCUGCCUUUGUACAAGAAUGCCUUCAAGGUGCACGGUGUGAGAAGAUUCAAUGCUGUUCGCUACUGCAAGCUUCGCGGAGCAACGCACUGUCAAAUCAACAACAUGCUGCCCAGUACGCAGUAUCGCGGGAAUGGCAACAACUGUUCCGUGCUCUAG